CUCCCCUUUGUCUUGUGUAGCCUUGGCUUCACAACAUCUUCACAUGGAGAAGGGAAGAGGUUCUUCACCUCAGAUGGAGCCCAGAGUGAAGACAGAGGAGCCAGACCAGACCAGCCCUGAAGGGGGAAGAGAGCCCUAUGAAAUGUGGGGCAGGAGAAGUGUUGGGUUCCCAGGCAGAAUGGGUCAGGAUGCCCUGGAGGAGAAGGCCUUCAAGCCAGACCUUCAGGGCCAAUGCUUCCGAAGCUUCCACUAUGAGGAGACCUUGGGGCCACGAGAGGUGUGCAGCCGCCUCCACUCUCUCUGCCGCCUGUGGCUGAAGCCCGAGCGACACUCCAAGGCGGAGAUGCUGGACCUGGUGAUCCUGGAGCAGUUCCUGGCCGUCCUUCCUGCGGAGAUGGAGCGCUGGGUGAGGGAAUGUGGGGCAGAGACCAGUUCCCAGGCCGUGGCCUUGGCUGAAGGCUUCCUCCUGAGUCGGGCCCAAGAGGAGAAGGUGCUGCAGGAAGAGCGGCAGGAGAGAGAGGUCCUUCAAGCCCAGGAGGCCCCACCAGGCACCAGCCAGGGCUUCCCUUCCAGGUGGAUCAAGUUGGAGGAGGAGGAGGACACAAGUGUUGCUCCACCAGGGGAGGAAUCAAGGAUGCUGGGAAGCCGCCAUAGCUCAUCUCUUUAUGAAGCAGGAGAAAUGGCCUCCAUGGAACAGGAUCAGGUGACUUUUGAGGAUGUGUCUGUACAUUUCAGUGAAGAAGAGUGGGUGCUGCUAGAUCCAGAUCAACAAGCCCUGCAUUGGGAUGUCAUGGGAGAGAAUUAUGAGAUGUUGGCCUUCUUCAUUGGGGCUGCAAAAGAGAAUGAAAAUAUGGGAGCACCAUGUGAAACAUGGCUGAAAACACCGAGAUAUAAAGAGAGGGAGGAGCAAAGCUUGGAAAUGGAAGCAGAAGAAUAUAGAAGGAACCGGUGCCCUGUUGACACCAAGGAAAUCACAAUCCAAGAAAGAACGGACGAAAGCAGGACGGUCAAGACCGGCCUUGUCUUUGAGAAUGGCUUCUUCCAUGUGUUGUCAUGCUUGAGUGAUGAUAUCACAAAUGAUGGGCGGGGCGGAAAGGAGUCCGGAAGAGAAGCUGCUCCCCCAAAGAGAGCAGGGCUGGGGAGAAAGGUGGUGUUGGGGGGGCUGCUCUCUGCUUCUCCAGGUCUUGGGGUUUUUUCCAUGACAGAUAACAAAGGAGGGGUGUCUACGGCCAAGAUGGAAACUGCUUUGAAGCACAAAGUGAAGAUGGAGGAGCCAGACCCAUUUGAAGGAGGAAGAGAGCCCAUCAAAAUGUGGGGCAGGAGAAGUGUUGAAUUCCCAGGCGAAAUGGGUCAAGAUGUCCUGGAGGAGAAGACCUUCAGUGCAGACUUUCAAGGUCAACGCUUCCGGCUUUUCCGCUACGAGGAGGCCUUGGGACCACGAGAGGUUUGCAGCCGCCUCCACUCUCUCUGCCGCCUGUGGCUGAAGCCCGAGCGACACUCCAAGGCGGAGAUGCUGGACCUGGUGAUCCUGGAGCAGUUCCUGGCCGUCCUUCCUGCCGAGAUGGAGCGCUGGGUGAGGGAAUGUGGGGCAGAGACCAGCUCCCAGGCCGUGGCCUUGGCUGAAGGAUUCCUCCUGAGCCGGGAAGAAGAGGACAAGGCGCUCCAGGAAGAGCGUCAGGAGAGAGAGGUCCUUCAAGCCCAGGAGGCCCCACCAGGCAUCAACCAGAGCUUCCCUUCCAGGUGGAUGCAACUGGAGGGUGACAGUAGUGUCACACCACUGGAAAAGGAGCCGAGGAUGCUGAGAAGACGUAAUAACUCAUCUCUUUGUGAAGCCAGUGAAAUAGCCUCAGUGGAACAGGAUCAGAUGAUGUUUGAGGACGUGUCUGUCCAUUUCAGUGAGAUGGAGUGGGCUUUACUGGAUCCGGAUCAACGGGCCCUGCACUGGGAGGUCAUGGAAGAAAAUUAUAGGAUGGUGGCUUCUCUGGGUGGUGAUGGACAAGGGAGUAAAAAUGGCGGAGUACCAUGCAACGUGUGGCUGAAAACAGCAAGGUGUAAAGAGGAGGGCAAGGGAAGACUGGAAAUGGACGCAGAAGGAUAUAAAAGGAAACAGUGCCCCGCAGACGCCACGGAAAUCACAAUUCAAGAAACAAUAAAUGAACACAGGGCGAUCAGGGACAGCCUUGUCUAUGAGAAUGGCUUCUUCCACAAGGCAUCAUGCCUGAAUGAUGAUGUCACAAACCAAACAGAGAAAGGACAACCUGAAUGUUAUCAAUUGGAAGAAAACUUUGGAUCUAGACACAGUGAAAAAUCCCAAAUUGUGGACAAGCCAUAUAAAUGCCCGGAGUGUGGGAAACGCUUCCAUCGGAAAAAAAACCUCCGAAGGCACCAAGAUACUCACAUGGCAGAGAAACCAUACAAAUGCCUGGAGUGUGGGAAACGCUUCCAUCAAAGAAGAAACCUCCGUCGGCACCAAUUCACACACAUGGAAGAGAAGCCGUAUAAGUGCCUGGAGUGUGGCAAAGGCUUUGCUGACAAGAUGAAUCUCGUGGCGCACGAAAUGAAUCACAGAGGAGAGAAACCCUAUCAAUGUCCGGAGUGUGGGAAGAGCUUCAGCAGCAAAUUUGUCCUCAAACGGCACCUGAAUAGUCAUACUGAAGAGAACUCAUACACAUGCUCGGAGUGCGGGAAGGCUUUCCGUUGGAAAGCGAGUCUCAAGGCACACCAAAAAAAGCACAUGGGGGAGAAGCCGUAUCAAUGCCCCGACUGCGGGAAAUGUUUCCAUCGAAAUGGAGACCUCAACAGACACCGUAGAACCCACACAGGAGAGAAGCCAUACAGAUGCCUGGAGUGUGGGAAAGGGUUCUGCCAAAAGGGGAAACUCCAGAGACACCAAAACACCCACACGGGAGAGAAACCGUAUACAUGCCCCGAAUGUGGGAAAAGCUUUGCCGACAAGAGAAGUCUCAUCGGACAUGAGAUGAAUCACAGAGGAAACAAACCGUAUAAAUGCCUGGAAUGUGGGAAGAGUUAUAUCCAAAAAUGCAGUCUCAAAAUCCAUCAGAAGAGCCAUAUGGAAGAGUUCGGGAGCUGCCAAUCAGUCCUCAAAAACCGCCAGGACGGUCAUAUAGACGAGAAACCACACAAAUGUCCGGAGUGUGGAAAGAGUUUCUCGUGGAGAUCAAGUCUCAGGAUACACCAAAAUACCCACACAGGGGAGAAAACCUAUAAAUGCCUGGAGUGUGGGGAAAGCUUCUAUCGUAGCGCACACCUCAGUAGGCACAAAAAAAACCACAUGGGAGAGAAACCCUAUAAAUGCCUGGAGUGUGGGAAGGGCUUUGUUGAAAAGAGGAAUCUCAUUGGACAUGAAAUGAGUCACAGAGGAGAGAAGCCCUAUCCGUGUCCGAAGUGUGGGAAGAGCUAUGUCCUUAAGUCUGGUCUCAGAAAUCACCAAAAGAGCCAAACAGGAAAGUGUGGAAAGAAUUUUGCUGCAAACCAAUCCCCAAAAAUGGUUUGCAUAGAAGAGAAACCACACACAAGACAUUCUUUUGGAGAGCAAGUCACCAGUCGCAGCAAAAUAACCAAAUUAUCUCCGUAAUUACACAAGCCAACAAAGUAUUUUCCAUUUGGGAACCGCUCUGAGUCUCCUCGGAUUGGGGGGGGGGGUUAAUUUUGUCAUUUGGGAGUUGUAGUUGCUGGGAGGGAUUUAUAGUUCACCUACAAUCAAAGAGCAUCCUGAGCUCCAACAAUGAUGGAAUUGAACCAGGCAGCUAAAUAUCUUUUGACCGAAACGGGCAACAGCAAUGGCAUUGUCUGUAGUCUCCAGCAGUAUAUAAAUAAAGUUUUAUUUUUUUU